UCCGUCGCCACACAACCGGAAAGUGUGCAGUUGGCGCAUGGAGUGAUGCAUCCUGUUCACCCGUACGAUCUUCGGCAAAGUCUUGACAGCUAGCAGGCAACUCCUCAUCGCUUCAAGCAAAACUGGCGGAACUGGGGAGGAAAGGGGAGAGAUUCAACUCCGGUCCCCCCUGCACUUCCUGAAGAAGGGUCAGCCAUGGAUGACGGCUCCUCCUUGCACAAAGUCAGCAGUUCCACAGAGUCUGUGGCCACGGUCACCAGUGAGGAGUUUGUUCUGGUACAGCCUAGUGCAAAUGGAUCACCGCAAGCCUCGGAGGGAAAACCGAAGCUCAAGAUGUCGUGGAAUGGUAGUGAGCAGCUGGAGAAAGCAAUGGAGGAGGUGCUGGAUGAUGAUGCUGUUGCUGAUGACGAUGAAGACGAUGAGGACGUGAAGGUGGAGAAGAGUAGUGUGGAAAAGAUGGAAAAGCACAUCUACCCAGAAGUUCAAGUCCUGGAGCGCCACCCACCAGCACCAGCGAGCCCCACGACUCAAGAGGAAGACGGUGUACAAUUCAACAAGCUGUCCUACUUGGGCUGCACUUGGGUCAAAGCUCCUCGUAAUGAAGCUGAGGCACAGAGGGCAAUGGCGACCUUGCGAGCUGAGAGUGCCAUCCCGAUCCCCAUCACCUUGCAUGUACCCUGUGGACCAGAGGGCUCCGUGAGGGUUGUGGACCAGGCUUCGGGUACAGAGAUUUGUUCCUUCCCCAUAUACAAGGUCCUGUUUUGUGCUCGUGGACGGGACGGCUCUGUGGAAAGUGACUGCUUUUGCUUCACUGAGAGUUAUCGGAGCUCCGAAGAUUUCCAAAUUCACGUCUUCUCCUGCCACAUCAAGGAAGCGGUCAGUCGAAUCUUGUACAGUUUCUCGACAGCCUUUCGCCGCUCUUCACGGCCAACCGAUGUCAGAGACACGCCGCUGUUGAGUCCUUUUGAUAGUGACCUCUUCAUUUUUACUGUCUCUCUGGAGAUUAAGGAAGACGAUGGCAAGGGCAACUUCAGUCCAGUCCCCAAAGACAGAGACAAAUUGUAUUUCAAACUGCGACAGAAUGUUCAGAAGAAAGUCCUCAUUACAGUACAGCAAAUUAGCAACAAAGAGCUCGGCAUUGAGAGAUGUUUUGGAAUGCUCCUGAGUCCAGGCCAGAAGGUUUGCAAUAGCGACAUGCAUCUGCUAGACAUGGAGUCGAUGGGGAAGACCUCUGAUGGGAAGGCCUACGUGAUCACAGGAAUAUGGAAUCCCAAUAUUGCAGCUUUCCAGCCCCUCAAUGAAGAUGCGCCUAAAGAUAAGCAAGUGUACAUGACGGUGGCUGUGGACCUGGUGGUAACUGAGGUGGUGGAGCCAGUUCGCUUCCUGUUGGAAACUUUGGUCAGGGUUUAUCCAUCCAAUGAACGUUUCUGGUACUUCAGCCGUAAGACCUUCAGCGAGACGUUCUACCUCAAACUUGGACAGCAUGCUCCAGAGAGGACAGGUCAGAAUGAUGCUAUGUACGAGGUGGUUAGUCUUCUGAGGGAGGCAGAGAGAAGCAAUGAAGGCAAAGGACAACCGGCCUCGCCCACUGAGGAGGAGGAGGCGGAUGAUGAUAGUGACAGUGAAAUCUCCAGCGGGACGGGAGAUGUUUCCAAAGAUUGUCCUGAGAAAAUUCUGGAAUUGUGGGCAGCAAUCCUCAUUAGAUGGCAAGGGAACCUGUCCAGUCGUCCAAAGGGUUUGCACCCACUGGUCCGCAGUGGCAUUCCAGAGCCGCUGAGAGCUGAAGUAUGGCAGCUUUUGGCCGGUUGCCACGACAACCAUGACCUGCUUGAACACUAUCGCAUCCUCAUCACCAAGGAUUCAGCUCAGGAGGGAGUGAUCACUCGAGACAUCCACCGUACCUUCCCUGCCCAUGACUACUUCAAAGAUUCUGACGGAGAUGGACAGGAUUCACUCUACAAGAUCUGCAAGGCCUAUGCUGUCUACGAUGAUGAAAUUGGUUACUGCCAGGGUCAGUCAUUCCUUGCAGCUGUUCUGCUGCUACAUAUGCCUGAGGAACAGGCCUUUUGUGUGUUGGUGAAAAUCAUGUUCGAGUAUGGCCUCAGAGCUCUCUACAAAAACAACUUUGAAGAUCUUCACUGCAAGUUCUAUCAGCUUGAGAAGCUCAUGCAGGAACAGCAACCAGAACUCUGGUCCCAUUUCCAAGAACUGAACCUAGAGGCACACAUGUAUGCUUCCCAGUGGUUCCUCACCCUCUUCACUGCCAAGUUCCCCCUUUGCAUGGUUUUCCACAUCACUGAUCUUCUGCUUUGUGAGGGUUUGAACGUCAUCUUCAAUGUUGCCUUGGCUCUGCUCAAGACAUCCAAAGAGGAUCUCUUGCAGGCAGACUUUGAAGGCGCUCUCAAGUUCUUCAGAGUCCAGCUUCCCAAACGCUACAGAGCUGCGGAGAAUGCCAGAAGGCUGAUGGAACAAGCUUGCAACAUAAAGGUUCCAACCAAGAAGCUUAAGAAAUUUGAGAAAGAAUAUCAGACGCUGAGAGAGAGCCAGCUCCAACAAGAGGACCCCAUUGACCGAUACCAGAGGGAGAACCGCCGUCUCCAAGAGGCCAGUAUGCGGCUCGAACAGGAGAAUGACGACUUGGCCCACGAAUUGGUCACCAGUAAGAUUGCCCUCAGGAAUGACCUUGACCAGGCAGAAGACAAGGCCGAUGUUCUGAACAAAGAGUUGCUCAGCACGAAGCAGCGUCUGGUGGAGACGGAGGAGGAGAAGAGACAACAGGAGGAGGAGACUGCUCAGCUGAAGGAAGUUUUCCGGAGGGAGCUGGAAAAAGCCGAGGUGGAGAUCAAGAAAACCACAGCCAUCAUAGCGGAGUACAAGCAGAUCUGUUCCCAGCUCAGCACCAGGCUGGAAAAGCAGCAGGCAGCAGCAAAAGAGGAGCUGGACAUUGUCAGGAGUAAAGUCAGCGGUUGCGAGCACUGUCGAGAUCUUUUCAGCACCCUUGGGUGCCUGCAAGUGUCGUCUCCGGGCGGUGACAACGCAAGCUCCGAACCGUUGGACGAGGAGAAGGACGGACUGAAGGAGCAGCUCAGGCAGAUGGAACUGGAACUGGCACAGACCAAACUGCAGCUGGUGGAGGCCAAGUGUCGCAUUCAGGAGCUGGAACACCAGCGAGGAGUCCUGAUGAAUGAGAUCCAGGCAGCCAAGAAUUCUUGGUUCAGCAAAACUUUGAGCUCCCUCAAGAACUCGGCCUCAUCUUCGUCCACCUCCUCGUCCCAGAGCCCGUGUUCUCCGAAGGAAGGCCCCGCCUAGAGUCGCUCCCCUCAUCGCCUCAAGAAAGGAUCACACAGCGGAGAAAUGCGGUGUUCCUUUUCCAGGCUAUCUGGACUGUGCCAAGAUACAAGAGGGGAAGGUGGUACAAAGCGGAAGACUGAGUCCAAUCCAUCCCGCCGUCUUUGGCCUCCUUUGCAGGUGAUGGACUUUCCGUUCCGUUCGCUCCGUUAUAGCCCUCGAACCUCGCUCGAAUGCUGGAUGGCUUGUUAGUGAGGUGAUCCUGCUUUUACACAAUUCGGGUGGUUUCGUUUGAAUUCUAGUGUGUUUUUGGGAGCCCUAUGCUAGGCUCAAAAGUAAGAAUAUUGUCGUCGAUGAACAGCCUACCGUAUGUCACGCUCUGAAAGACAGCUAACGCUUCUCCGUUAAGGAAAUAACUGCAAAGAGCGGCAACCCGGAACAACACAACAUUUGUGUUUCUUCUUUUUAGAAUUUUAACUUAAUGUCCUAACAAAUUUUUUUUUUUUUUUUUUAAAUAACCGUGUUCAUUUCUUAAAGGGGUUGACAAAGAUUUUGGGUUUUUUUUUCUAAAGUCUGAAAUGUUGUUGUGAUCUCUGUGAGCACAGUAUGUGAUCGUUCUGGUCGAGUCCAAACGCAGACGCGCCAAAACAACGUGUGCAGACUCUCUUCAGUCUGUUUCACUUCUGCCUGCCCCCACUCUGGGGGGUUUUAUUGAACUCCGCCUGCCUCAUCCCAAUCGACAUUUCAUUCACUAUCCACACAUCCAGUUUAUGCCUGCAAGCAUUUCAUUUGCGUUUCGAAUGAAAACAAAGUCCUCAAAAGAAGCCAUGGCGGUGUGAAGCAGGUCCUUUGCUCUAAACACAAACUAAGGCGUUCUUCCUUCCCCAUUCAACAUAUCGUCCACUCCUGAAAUUCUGUUUUUAAAGCUCUAACGGUCACAGAUUGCUGCCUAUCUCUGCUUCAUGUUGGCUGAAGUUUCACCGGUGAUUGAGUUUUGAACAGGUCGCCAAUGGUCCAACUUAAUUGCCAAAAUUCAAAAAUACGUUUGCACAACUACACCAACACCUCGUUUGCUUUUCAGAUUAUGAAUAAGAAAAAUACCUCCUACUGUUGUGUAGACGGAGCACCCGCAGUGCAUAAAUGGGAGCUGCUUUGCUCAGUGCGCACGUUUAUAAAGCCA